ACUCGCUGGGCGGGUUCCAGGACUCGCUAACCUGCAGCUCUACCCUAUGGAACUCCCACGGGAAAUUCCCCAGCCGCCCCCUCACUCCUCGGGCACCACGGUGCUGUCGGUCCUGGACAUGCACACGGGCGGGGAGCCCCUGCGGAUCGUGCUCGAGGGAUGGCCAGAAGUGGGCGGCCCCACCCUGCUGGCUAAACGCCGCUACGUGCGGGAGCACCAGGAUGCGCUGCGGCGGCGCCUGAUGCACGAGCCGCGCGGGCACCGGGACAUGUACGGGGCUCUGCUGGUGCGCAGCGAGCUUCCCGACGCGCACCUGGGCGUCCUGUUCUUGCACAACGAGGGCUACAGCUCCAUGUGCGGCCACGGCGUGCUGGCCCUGGGACGCUUCGCGCUCGACUACGGGCUGGUGCCGCCGCCCCAGCCUGGCGCCAGCGAGGCCCAGGUGCGCCUGCACUGCCCCUGCGGCCUGGUCACCGCCUUCGUGGAGUGCGAGGGGGGUCGCAGCCGGGGGCCCGUUCGCUUCCACAGCGUCCCGGCCUUUGCCCUGGCCACAGAUCUCAAGGUGGAUGUUCCUGGAAAAGGGGAGGUUGUAGUAGACAUUGGAUAUGGUGGUGCAUUUUAUGCAUUUGUUAAUGCUAAAAGGUUUGGAUUAGAUGUCUGUUCUUCGAAGACAAGGGAUCUUGUAGAUGCAGCAACUGAAGUUACAGAAGCAGUUAAAGCACAGGUUAAAAUUUGUCAUCCGGAUAGCGAAGAGCUUGCAUUUCUAUAUGGAACGAUAUUAACAGAUGGAAAUGAUGCUUUUAGUGAAGAACCAACAACCAACAUCUGCGUGUUUGCAGAUGCUCAGGUUGACCGAAGUCCCACUGGUUCUGGAGUGACUGCUCGAAUUGCCUUACAGUAUCACAAAGGACUUAUUCAACUGAACCAGACCAGAACCUUUAAAAGUAGUGCAACAGGCUCACUGUUCACUGGGAAGCCAGUAAAGGAAACCAAAUGUGGUGAGUUCAAAGCAGUUGUAGUUGAAGUAUCAGGACAAGCCUAUUACACAGGUUCAGCAAACUUUAUAAUUGAAGAAGAGGACCCACUGAAAAAUGGAUUUCUUCUCAAAUGACCAUAUUCAUGAUCUCUUACUGCCCCCUUUUAAAGCAACCAUUAUCUAAAAUUGUCCUCGUGUUCUGUGUAAAAAAAGUAUAUCAUCUUAUACAUGUAUGUUGCCAUGCUAUCUAACAAAUCUCAUAAUCCUUGAUUAUAUAAAAUCAUGUUUAUAAAUAAUAGGUAAUAUAUAACUCUUUAAGGUUUGCAAAAGACUUUCACGUUUUAUCUCAUGACAAAUAAUAGUAUGAACCAAUAUAGCUAGAAACAUCUAGUAAAACAAUAUACUAAAGAUGGCAGUAUAAUUUUUCUUUUCUGGUGGUGCUUAGCAUAAAUGAUAAUAAAAUUACCCAUUUCAGAAAGAUUUGUAAAUUUGGGAGUUUUUAAGAUACCAUCUCACCUUUCAAUAUUGUGUUAAAGAGGCUGUUUGAGGGGGGCAGGUAGGUGGUGCAGUGGAUAAAGCACCAGCCCUGGAUUCAAGAGGACCUGAGUUCAAAUUCGGUCUCAGACACUUGACACUUACUAGCUGUGUGACCCUGGGCAAAUCACUUAACUCUCAUUGCCCUGCAAAAAAUAAAAAAUAAAAAUAAAGAGGCAAAGAGGCUAUUUGAAUAAAAGACUUUUUCGAAUAACAUAUCAUAGCUUAAUUCUAACAAAAACAUGCUAUACGAGGUCCUUAUGUAAUAUCUAACAGUUACAACAAUAAAAAUUAAGUGCUUAUUGUGUGCCAGACACUGUCCUAAGUGCUGGGAAUAUAAAGCAAGGAAGACUUAUGGCCGCUGCCCUUAAGGAG